AUGAUUCGAGCGACCGCCCUUCUCGGUGCCCUGCUUGUCAUCGCCGCUUCGGCCGAAUACGGCGUGCCGGGAGUCUACGACAACCUUCCUCUCGAGAGCGCCACUCUGGAAUUCUCUGGAUAUGGCUCUGGCUCCGAGCAAAUCGGCAACGACAGUGGCUCGGGAGCCGACUCUGUGGCCAUCGACACGGACUGCUCAACGAAGGAAGACGGACUUUACGCUAUUGGAGGAUGCUCCCCACAGUUCCUGACCUGCUCAGGAGGUACGAUUGAAUUCUAGCAGUAGCUGGGCAAAAUGUUCAUUGUAGGCAUCGCAAGAAUCAUGGACUGCCCGGCCAACCUAAUCUACGAUCACCGAAUCGUGGCCUGCGAGUACACGUACAACGUGCCGGAAUGCAACGGAGGAGUGCCGUCGACCGAACAGCCAGAAGUCACUACUGCUCCUGCUGACGACGUUCCGGCUCCAGGAGAGACGACCGUCAACCCGUACGCUCCUGCCGAAGAUGUCACAACCACCGUGGAGACUACCGUCAAUCCAUAUGCUGCCGCCGAAGUUCCAGCGACCACUGCUCCAGCCAACGACGUUCCGGCUCCAGAAGAGACGACUGUCAACCCGUACGCCCCAGCUGAGGAUGUCACAACCACCGUGGAGACUACCGUCAAUCCAUAUGCUGCCGCCGAAGUUCCAGCGACCACUGCUCCAGCCAACGACGUUCCGGCUCCAGAAGAGACGACUGUCAACCCGUACGCCCCAGCUGAGGAUGUCACAACCACCGUGGAGACUACCGUCAAUCCAUAUGCUGCCGCCGAAGUUCCAGCGACCGCUGCACCAGCUUCGGACGAACCCGUCACGCGUUCCGCCGUCGAGAGAAACUGCGUCAAUCAGGCUGACGGAUUCUACUCGUACGGAGAGUGCAGCGGCGACUACACCGCCUGCUCCAACGGGUACACCAUCCCGAUGAAGUGCCCAGCCGAUUUGGCAUUCGACGAGGCACGUGUCAUCUGCGACUACCGUUCAGCUGUUCCAGAAUGCCAGAACGGAUCUGGAAAUGACGAAGGAUCGGCAGAGCAGGGCGAUCAAGGGUACGGAUCCGCCGAGACUGUUCCAGCUGCCGAUGAGCCAUCCACGACGCUGAUUCCUUACGCUGAGGAAACUACUGUUGCCGAGGAUGUGCCAACCACUGCUGACGUCUACGCACCAGUUGUCGAGAUUACCACGCCUGCUCCGUACUCCGAAGAGACUACAGUCGCUGCUGAUGUUCCAUCGACCACCGAAGCUGAGACGACGACGAUCUCGUACGUUGAGGAGACGACAACUCUUCCAUACGCCGAGGAAACUACUAUUCCGUACGUCGAAGAGACCACCACUGCCGCUGAUGUUCCAUCGACUGUCCCAUACGUUGAGGAAACGACUACUUCUGAAGUUUACGCCUCAGUCACCGAGGAUACUACAACUGAGGCCGACGUUCCGUCGACUACUGAGGAGUACACGACAGAGGUCGUCGAUACCACCCCGACUGAGGACACUCCGUCAACUACGGAGGAGACCAUUGUUUAUCCUUCGUACACAACGGCUGCUUCUCAAUCGGUUCGUUUUGUUCAAAGUUGAUCAUUGAGUUAAAAUUUUUUUUUCAGGACGUUCCAGUCGAAGUGUCCACUAUCGCCGAGGCUCCAGUCGAGGUCAGCACCGAGAACAGCCAGCUCUACGAGACCGCCAAUGGUGAGAACAACUGAUUCGCUUUCAAUUGCUUCAAUAUCGUUUUACAGAUGUUCCAACAUGCACGGAGGGAGCUACCGCCAUCGAGCCAUGCUCUCAGAACUACAACAAUUGCGUGAAUGGACAAGAGGCGGUUUUCACCUGCGAGACUGGACUGUACUUCUCGCCGGAGCAAGGAGCGUGCACGACUGCCGACCAGAUCGCGGAAUGCCACCAGACCAAGCUCUACUAG